AUGAUCCCCCUUUCAUAUCCAAUAACAAUAGCGAUAAAAACUUCCAGUUGGGCCCUUUGUCGGAGUAGUGUAUAUUAUGAGGGGGCCCGCAUGGUGGCCUCCCUCCCGAUCGCGAUAACAGCUGCUGUGGAGCUGUACAAUCGAAUGGUGCCGCGUGAAAUACGAAAGGGGCGAAGUGGACCGAACGCGUGGUUCGGGGCCUCCCAGUCGGAGCUCGCAGGACCGCUUCCCGCCGCCAUCCUCUUCCCCAUCCCCUUUCCCCUAUCCAACCUACUUUGUGCAUUAAAACGGCAGCCGGCUACUGGCUUCGCCUCUUCACACAAAAUCCCAAAACGCUGACGCCAUAAAAAGGAUGGUCUGCCUCAUUAAAAUGUAUUAAUACUGGAGUACAAGUUCAAUGCAAAGUAAUAUAUAUAUACGUUGUGAUUCUUCUAAUGUUCAGCUGUUCACUAGAGGGAACCAUUAACGCCUCUUAUAAGUCUUUUUCAGCGUGAUCAUCUACGGAGCUGAAGAGCAUUUCCAUUUAGAAAAAUUAUUAAUUCGUCAGGAGAGACUGAAUUGAUGUGAAGUCCUAAGACUUA